AAGAACCGACAGCGGUGAAAUUAAAUAAAUCAAUGACGCUCAAGGAAAUCCGUGAGAUGCUCUCUCAAUGUGAUGAAAAUAGCAAAUCCAUCAUGAAGUCCGAUAUGUGCUUUUGUAACAAGGGAGGCCCAAAUGUUAUACGAACGAGCGAAGAAGCGAAUAUUUAUCUCGGCGAGAUAAUUGGCGAUAACAAUACUCUCUGCAUUAAGCGAGCGAAAUACUUAAAUAAAUCUGAACUUCAAGCAAAUAGCGAGGAAUUCUGUGGAAAUGGCAUUGAAUGGAAAUUUAAUUUAAAUAUGGCUGGUAAGAAUUUUUUGAUGAGUACACAUUUUACACAAAAGGGAUCAAACGGAGUUGAACAUAAAUCAUGCCGGGUAGUCGAACAAUAUAGCCGAGAAACAUUGUUUAUGAAAAAAGAACAUAUAAAACCUUCUGACAAAUUUAGAGAUCGUGUAGAGCGAAGUUUGAAGUUGAGUGAUCAAAAGGAGAGGCGUGACGCAUUAAUCAAAGUUGGUGUAGACUAUGAGUUUUUUGGGCAAGAGUGGUACAACUUGGAGGGUUAA